GCCAAAUUGUAAUCGAUUUGAGCCUCCACACACUCUCUGUCUCUCUCAAAAUUGAAAAUUGUCGUCACGUGGAGGAGAAAGGGAAAGGUUUGGCGAUGCAAUUCGAGAUCGCUUUAUUUGCUACAACGUCAAGUUGGAAGGAUGGAAUAGAUCCAGAGUGGCAUACCAUUAAGGUCCCAGAUCUCGAGUGUCCUCCUCCUUCUUCGCCAAAUGUAGUAACUACCAUCCAGAAACCGCUCCGUCCGUUUUCUGAAGUCAGGUUGGCUUGGCCAUACAGAGAACAUGCAGUCAUAGGGUCCCGUCUGUAUUCUCUUGGCGGCAUGAAUCCUGAUUCUGAACCUCACGCCGAUGUAAGUACCCCCGAAUUCGAUCGUUUUCUUAAAGUGCGCAGCUUUGACUUUAGCACUCCUGAUGAUGGUUGGAAACCUGUCGCUACCAUGACUUUUCCUAAGAGGUUCGAACCUCCCUGCCUCGUCCUCGACGAUAAGUUAUAUGUGUUAGGUGGCUUUGCAUCAGACAGAUAUUCAACAGAAGUAGAAGCAAAAGGGCAUGGCUGGAUGGAGGUUUAUGAUCCCGAUUUAAAUACAUGGGAACCCUUGCCCAAUCCUCCUCCUGAGUUUGGGUUUCCACUAUGUGUUCCUCUUCCUGUUUAUUUCGCUGCUCUCGAUUCCAAGAAACAGAUUCUUGUUGCUCAAAAUGAAGGUGCGAGGUAUAAAGCUACAUUCUAUGUUUAUCAUGUGAUCGAUCGAUGUUGGACAAUACUUGAGCCUCGCGGGCGCGAGCUACGUCCUCAUUAUCCUGACCCGGUUUUCGGAAAACGAAGUGUUGUUGUUGAUAACACUAUCUAUUGGGGUUUCGUUCUAGAUGGGUAUGUCUUCGUACAAUCUUUCAAUAUAGAUACGGAUCUGUACUUCCACGGAAGUUUGGACACUCAGCUAUUUCUUCGGGAUAGUGAAUUUGAAUAUCCGAGUUGUCCAAUAUUACCUUUGCUCCAUUUAGCUGAUCAGACAUUCUGCCUUUUCCUGUUCACCUUGGUUGAUAAAAUGGAAUACACUGGUAUGGUAUAUCUUAAUUGUAUUGUACUUGAUAUCUCUCUAAAUCCAUUUAAAGAUGAGGGCAAGCAACAGUCUAAAGUAGAGUUCGAUGAAUGUUAUAAAUAUAAUUUUAUGGGGGAUUCCAGUAAACAGCUUAAUAUUUCCCUUGUGUCCGUCCAAAGGUAUCCCUUGCGUAAUAUCUUCUGGCUCCAUGAUGCUUUGUUGCUCGAUCGCCCAACUUAUAUGCCAAUGAAGAAGAAACCAAAGCUAUCACAUGAAACAAGCGUAAUGAUCAAAGAUAAUUAAGGUUGUAGGUUGUUUCCUUGAAGAUUUUGCAUUAAGAAACAGGUAUACUCUGUUCCAUGUUUAUUAGCAUGCACCUUACACUCAAAUUUUCCUAAAGGAAUAAUUUUUCUGUAUUUAUUUAUUUGAUGAUUGGUGCUAAGUUUUUGAAUUUGUGAAUAGUUCGGAGAUGUAUUUUACCAAAUUCUAUCAGGUUUGAGAUUAUGCAUGCACAUUUUUUAUCAGUAUUUUCACUUGCACUUUCACCCAAAACAUCAUUUAACUUCUUCUUACAUGUUUUCUGAAAGGGGUUAAUUUACUCCCAUCAACCAAUCAUCCAGUAUGUAUGAUGAGAUAGAAUCCAAUAGAGACAAAAGACACUCAACUUCCUUUUCUUCACUUUGUAGUCAUAUGGGUUCAAACUCUUUAACAGAGUAGACAUUAUAAAAUGCUAGUUACACAAUAAUAAACAAAACGUAACGUAGACUAUUUAAAGACUACUCUUAAAUAGACUAAUUGGCUGUCUUUGCUUUUGAGAUUGGAUGAGGUAUAUGUGAGAGCAUAACUUCUGUUUUUCUAUUUACAAUUUUGCGUAUGAUGUGUUUGAAAAAUGCAACUUAAAUUGGUUUAUGGAUGUUCACCAUGGUUGAUAAAAUGGAAGGUAUAGUAUAUCUUAAUUGUAUUG